AUGAUGGCUUGUAACACAGUAACUAAUGAUAAAACUGUAAUUUUCCAAAAUGUGGCAAAACUGCCUAUCAGUGACGACCUGUUUUUCACUACGGUGCUAGUUGGCAACAAGAUUGCGCUGCAGGGGAUGUUAGAUAGUGGGUCUAUGGCUACAUCUGUACGUGCAGACAUGAUCCCUCAGUUACGUGAGGCUGGAGUGGUGAUGGGAGAUGUAAUCCCUCCCAAUAACAUUGUUCUUGUUGGGUGUGGUGGCAAACAGACCGUUCCGAUGGGCAUAUGUGAACUGAAACUUGAGCUGUUUGGGUUUGACUAUGUUGUCCCAGUCUUGGUGGUCGACGGUCAGGCUGAUGAGCUCAUUGUUGGCACAAAUGUGAUGAAACCGCUCAUAAAACAGUUUAAGUCUGAUGAGGCUUAUUGGAGGAUACUGAGUAAACCUGACUCCACCUGUUUGGAUGAGAAUAGUCAGUUUGUCAGAUUUUUGGCCAAUCUUGAAAGGUGGAGGGGAGAGGAAAUCCCAGAAAAAGUUGGGACUGUCAAACUGAAGAAGGCCGUGACUCUUGAACCUAUGAGUGAGCAUGUUGUGUGGGGCCGCCUUCCACCUAAGACUGAACUCUCUGUGGGGAGUACUGUUGUUGUUGAACCGAGCACAUCACGCUGCGUGCACCGUAGUGUGAUGGUCGGCAGAGUAGUGACUCCACUUUGGGGAGGUGGGUGGCUUCCUGUGAAGAUCAUCAAUCCUACUAUGUCUCCAAUUGUGUUGAGACGGAACGCUAAGGUAGCUGAUGUGUAUCCAUGCAUUGCCUUGGAGGAUUUUGAUGGUGGUAUGGAGGGGAGGAUACACCAGAAUGUGGGUAGAGUGGGCAGUUCCCAUGGCAGCCUUACAGUUGAGUCAAGUUGCAGUGUUGAUACAACAGGUGGAUCUGGCAAAUUGGCUGAUUUGGGGCUGCAGGAUCUGUCUGUCGGUGACUGUGAAGUCUCCGAUCAUUGGAGAGAGAAGCUGACUGACUUAGUCGUACAGUAUGAAGAUGUGUUUUCGAGACAUCACUUGGACUGCGGCAAGGCUGCUGAAUUCUGCCAUCGCAUCAGACUUACCGAUGAACGCCCUUUUCGUCUGCCUUAUCGUAGGCUUUCUCCUGCUCACUACCAAAAGCUGAGAGAGACUUUAGAUGACAUGGAAGAGCGUGAAAUUAUUAGGAAGUCGAGUAGUGAGUAUGCUUCUCCGCUCGUUCUUUGCUGGAAGAAAAAUGGUGACUUGAGGCUGUGUACGGACUUCAGAUGGUUGAACGCCCGUACAGUCAAGGAUGCGCACCCUUUACCGCAUCAAGCUGACAUCCUUGCAGCGUUGGGAGGUAACGCAUUCUUUAGCUCAAUGGACUUGACUUCGGGAUAUUACAAUGUCCCUCUUCAUGAGGAUGAUAAGAAAUACACUGCUUUCUCCUCUCCUCUCGGAUUGCAUGAGUAUAACCGCAUGCCACAGGGUCUGUGUAACAGCCCUGCUACUUUCAUGCGAAUGAUGCUCACGAUUUUUGGUGACCAGAACUUUUUAAGCCUUCUUUGUUACUUGGACGAUCUGCUGGUUUUUGGCAAGACUGAGGAGGAAAGCCUGCAGAGACUGGAGAUGGUGUUUCGGCGGUUAAGAGAACACAACCUGAAGCUGUCUCCAUCCAAAUGUCAGUUUUUGAGAAAGUCAGUCAAGUUCUUGGGUCACAUUGUUACAAGAGACGGAAUUGCAACAGAUCCUGAUAAAGUGCAGGCAAUCGUAGGUGUGUCAGAAGCGGAUCUUAUGGAACCUGAUGGCACCACACCUUCUCCUAAGAAGAUUCGCUCUUUUCUUGGAAUGGUGGUGUAUUAUCAGCAUUACAUUGAGAACUGCUCUGUGAUUGCCAAGCCGUUAUUCCAACUGACUACAGGGGCUUCCAAGCCACGGAGGGGAAAGGGCCGAAAGAAGCAAGCUUUAUCGCGUAAGCUUGUCGCGGCUGACUGGACCCCGGAAUGCAGCGAAGCAUUUAAGACUUUGAAAGCUGCAUUGACCGAGCAGGUUCUUCUUGCCCACCCCGAUUUUACAAAGCCUUUCCUGCUCUCUGUUGAUGCGUCAUCUUCUGGAUUAGGAGCUGUGUUGUCGCAGGUUCAAGGUGGCCAAACCAUUGCCAGGCCCAUUGCAUUUGCAAGUAAGUCUUUGAAUCAUGCGCAGUCCAAAUACCCGGCUCAUAGGCUCGAGUUUCUCGCCAUGAAAUGGGCUAUCCAUGAUAAGUUUAGUCAUUGGCUGCGUGGACAUAAGUUUACUGUUUGGACUGACAACAAUCCUCUGAAAUACAUUCUUACCAAGCCAAGGCUGGACGCUUGCGAACAGAGGUGGGUGGCCAAACUGGCCCCCUUUGAUUUUGACAUUCAAUACAUUCCAGGGCCGCGAAAUGUUGUGGCAGAUGCAUUGAGCAGGGAACCAUUUGCUCAGCACAAGAUGAUGCACCGGUUGACAAGGACUCCAUAUGACACUUUGUUAGGGGAGGCCAGAGGUUUGCUGGUGGAAGAUGUUCAGGACAUGUUUCGCCUUUCUCGGGAAGAGUCUGUGGAUGAGAAGCAGAAACUCUCUCCUUUGAUUCAGGACUCUGCCACAGGCAGUUUGGACAUUGAGGACAACGGUGGGAGAGUUUCUCAUGAUGAGGUGUCAGCCUUAUUCAAGUCUCACCGUUGUUGGAGUGAAGGUGCAAAAAUGAGGGCAACCUGCUACACCCAACAGUUGGAGAACCUGUUGCCAGUGGGGCAGAGCCCACUGCCUGUCCUCACUCAUGAGGAGUUGUAUGAUAAGCAGUGUCAGGAUCCUGUGGUCAGCCGGGUUUCUUUUUAUGUAAACAGGGGACGUCGACCAUCCCGCCGUGAGCGUGUUCAUGAAUCACGGGAGACAAAUCGUACAUUGCGACAGUGGGGUAAACUCACGACCCGGCUGGGUGUGUUGUACCGCAUUUCUAAACAUGUGGUGAGCAAGAAGAAAGUGUUCCAAUAUCUGGUACCAGUUGCGUUGAGAGGUCAGGUGUUGAAAGGGGUGCAUGAUGAUGCAGGCCAUCAAGGUCAGCAGCGUACACUGUGGCUGGCCAGACAACGCUUUUACUGGGAUUCGAUGGACCACGAUGUCAAGGAAUAUGUGAGUCGUUGCAAGAGAUGUGUUUUGAGCAAAGCACCCGAACCUGAGGCCAGGGCUCCACUUGUUUCUGUUGUCACAUCAGCACCACUAGAAUUGGUUUGUAUUGACUUCUGGUCAGCAGAGGAUGUCAAUAACAAGUCCGUCGACGUUCUAGUGGUGACAGACCAUUUUACCAGGCUCGCAUGUGCUUACCCAUGUCCAAAUCAGUCUGCCAAGUCAGUGGCUCGCGUGUUAUGGAAUAAUUUCUUUUCCAUAUACGGGUUUCCAGCUUGUAUUCACUCUGACAGAGGGGCUAAUUUCGAGAGUUCCCUCAUUGCCGAGCUACUCCAGAUGGCUGGUGUUCGUAAGAGCCAUACAACCCCGUAUCAUCCUGCGGGAAAUGGCCAGGCUGAACGUCUAAACCGGACUUUGGGUAGCAUGAUCCGUGCUUUGCCUCCUCGGGCAAAGGAAAAAUGGCCUCAGAUGCUGAACACACUGACUUUUGCCUAUAAUUGCACGGUGCACGAAACAACAGGUUUUCCGCCGUUCUUUUUAAUGUUCGGGCGAACUCCUAGGUUACCCGUUGAUGUGAUGUUUGGAAGUGUUCUCUUAGAUGGAGAGACUGCCGACAUGGACAAAUAUGUUCAGUCAUUGGGCACGGACCUCAGGGAAGCAAUGAUCUUGGCUCAGCGGCAUGCUGAGAAGCAGCAAUCGAGACAAGCUGAGGUGUAUAACCGAAAGAUUAAAGGACAUUCUUUGGAGAAAGGGGACAGAGUUUUGAUGGCUAACAAAGGGGAACGGGGGAAAAGAAAAUUGGCUGAUCGUUGGAAGGAUACAGUUUACAUUGUGGUCCAUAAGAACAGUGAACUGAACACCUAUGUCAUCCGCCAUCCUGUUACGGGACGAGUUAGGACAGUUCAUAGGAAUCUGAUCAUGCCUGUAAACUUUUUGCCCUUGCCAUCAUGGGAUGACUCUGUGUCUCAGGCUUCCUUUUCAAACACAGUUUCAGAAGGCGGGUCGUCGGAUGAUGUGGUUCCAGGUGAGCAGGACAGUGAUGCUCGAACAGCUCGCUGGGUUUCCUCCCUUCCUGAGUCUAGUGUGGUGAUGACUGCAGGUGAAGCGACAGUAGCCAGUGAAUCUGAAGCGAUUGGAGGGGAUGGUGGUAGUGUUCAGGGUGGAGGGACCAUGUCUGCCUGUGGGGACCAGAGGAGCGGGGUGGAUCAUGGGUCGGAGAGCUCACACUGUGAGGAUAACAUUAGUGACCGGCUGGUAGACUCUGUAAGCAUGGGCUUACACCCAAGUGACACUAUAGGUUCAACCAAGGCCAUUAGUGGCUCACAAGUGUCUAGAUGUGACUCAGUCGUUACAGUUGUACCUUCAGGGAUUCCUUCGGUUGUUCAAGGGGAAGGGAUACGGACAAGACUGGGUAGACUUAUCAAACCUGUUAACAGGUUGAUUCAGACAAUGUCCACACAACGAGUUAAGAUUUUGUCAUAGAUCAUUUAAGGGCUAUUUAUUUUGUUAUAUGUGUGAAUUAUUAAUUUUUUUUUUUCAUUGGGACUUCUUUCACUGGAGUUUGGCCAUAAUUUUAUUUAGGUUGUCCAUUGCAUUGGACACAUUUGGGUGAUUUUGGGUGUACUCUAAGAUAGAUGUGUACAUGGCAUGUCUUCUAUGGUGAGGUGGGGACUUAGCUACCCCUCGUCUCUCCUAAUUCUUCAUUGAAUAGCUCUUUGCUGGUCGACCAUUUUGGUCUUGUAUGGGAGGGUAUACUUGGGUUACAUGUAUUGUUAUGGUCAGAUUUGUAAGUUUUUUUUUUGUUUGUUUGUUAUUUGGGUAAUAUGCCCACAAUCUAGUGUAAAACAGUGGGGGUGAAUGUAGCAGUGUGAUGUUAUUACACUAGAUUGUAAAAAGAGAAGCUAUUCCGGUAGGAAAUUAUAUGAGCACGUCUAGCUUUUAUUUUGAAAAGUCGGCAAAUCCAUUGCGGAACAGCAGGUAACUUCCUGUUGCAGAAUUAUUAUUUUUAUUAAAAUUUAAUGUGUUGCAGAUGAAAAUGCUAAUUAUCAUUGUUACUGUUGAACAUAUGGAGUUCAUAAAUUAUUGUUUUGAGUGUUAGUUCGGGAUUUUAAAAGACAAGUUAACGGGUCAUACCAUUAUGAUCUGUUAAGGGUUUUCCCACGCUCUCGGUCGCGCUCUUUCUGUUCAGAUUCCGUGGGAGAAGGUAUGAAGUUUUGUUUUCUGUGUUUGAUCAAUGUUUUAAGGAUAAUAAUUGACAAUUUGAUUUUUGUUCUUGUAAAAUAAUGUGCUUUGGAGCACUCAAAUCCUGUUAAACGCUGAUAGAAUUGCGUUAGCAGCUAUUUUGAUGUGUUUAUGCUAAUGAAACAUUGCUAAUGAAAAUGCUACAUCCAUGUGCUGAAAAUAGUAUUGUUCAUGGUUAAACAGGCGCUGUGGAGCACUGUGACAACAAAGCCUGUUCUGAAAUACUAUUUUCUAUUUGAAUGCAGAUUCCGUGGGAGAAGGCGCUGUGGAGCACUGUGACAACAAAGCCUGUUCUGAAAUACUAUUUUCUAUUUGAAUGCAGAUUCCGUGGGAGAAGGAUCAUUAAAAGUACCAUCAGAUCA